UUACAAACCAUGGCUGCCCAUGCACUGGGUUUACUGCUGUUGCUGAUGUCUGUGGGAACAAGUGUGACCCAAGACCCUAUGGUUCUCCUCUCAGUCCCGAGUGUGAUUCUCAUUGGGAGCGACGUCAAUGUGCUUGUGGACGCACGCGGCCUCACGGAAGACGUGAGCGUGGUGGUCAGGGCGGAAGAGUUCUUGACUAAAAAGCAGCUCGCCACCCAAACAAUCACUCUGACUCAGCUGGACCCAGCCAUCGCCACCCUGAAGCUCGGCUUUGACAUUGAGAACCCAGAUAAAACAAAUUCUGCAUCAACAAAGCAUCAUGUCCGGCUGGUGGCCAAGGUGGAGUCAAAGUCCUUUAACAAGGAGAUCACGGCCCAUGCGCUGCUCUCAUAUCGAUCAGGGCAUGUUGUUGUCCAGACUGACAAGCCUAUCUACACACCAGAUGAGAAAGUCAAGUAUCGGAUGUUUCCAAUGAAUCAGAAGAUGUCACCAAUCCCUGGUUCACAGUCGAUGACGGUGGAUAUUGUGAAUGCAGAUGGAGUGAUUGUAGAGAGACAAAUAAAAACCAUCAAGGCCACCGAUGAGGGAAUAGUGGAUGGAACAUCAUUCACAAUCCCUGCUAUUUCCAAACAUGGCACUUGGAAGAUUUUUGCCCGAAUGAGUGGAGCACCCAAUAUCAACUCAUCUGCUGAGUUUGAUGUCCGGGAAUACAUCUUGCCGACCUUUGAGGUGAAGAUUAAUCCCAAGCAAAGAGUGUUUCACAUCAACGAUGAAGAGUUUGUUGUGGACAUCACUGCCAAUUACUUUAAUCAGGAACUCGUGUCUGGUACAGCAUAUGUACGAUAUUUUCUUGAAAACGGAGAUGUACCAAAACUGGUUGAUUCCAGUUCUACCACGCUUGUUGCAGGAGAGGGACUUAGCAUUCUGAAAAAGGAGAAACUUCUUAAGUUGUUCCCAAAUGCGAAGGAUCUCUUGGCUUUCAGCCUCACAAUAAAAACAACUGUACUAUCAUCUCAAGCUGCAGAGACCGAAGAAGCCGAACUUGUUGGAAUCAAAAUUGUGGAAUCUCGCUAUCAGAUCACCGCAACGAAGACAUCACGAUAUUUCAAGCCCGAAUUGCCGUACUUCAUACAGGUGGAGGUUCGGAAUGCUGAUGGUUCACCCUCGAAAGAGGUGGACGUUGUUGCUAAAGUGCAAGUAGGUUCAGCCACCAUUAAUCCUCAGAAGAUGCGCACAGACUCCAACGGGUUGACCUCAUUCACUGUGACACCACCAAAUGUUAACCAACUGACAGUCACGGUGAGAACGGACGAACGACAUCCAUCGAAUGAGCAGGGAGAGCUGGUGUACACAGCUCAGAAAUAUGCAUCUGCAAGCUAUAUGCACAUUGAUGUGACACGAAUCAUGCGAUUGGGCGAAACCCUGAACGUGUUUCUGACUGCCAAAACCACACAGCUCAAUGCUGUAACACACUUUACAUACAUGGUGCUGACACGAGGCGUGAUUGUGAAAACUAACCGCAAGACCAAAGAGUCUGGAGGAGGGCCCUCCAACGUGAGAAUACCCAUCACACCCGACAUGGCUCCUCGCUUCCGUUUCUUGGCCUACUAUAUCCUGCCAGGCGGCGAAAUUGUAGCGGACUCUGUAACAGUGGAAGUCACCGAAUUGUGCAAAAGCCAGGUGUCUCUUUCAUUAAAAGGCCGCCCCACAUUGGAACCAAAGGCCAUGCUAACUUUGGAUUUGAUUGGGGAACCUGAUGCCAGAGUAGGUCUGCUCGCUGUCGAUCAAGCCGUCUACGCUGUCAACCGUAAACACCGACUUACACAAGACAGGGUGUGGAAGGCAAUGGAGACCUUCGAUACAGGCUGCACAGCAGAGGGUGGCGCGGGAGCACAGGGCGUCUUCUCGGACGCAGGCUUGGCUCUGAUCACCAGCAAGGGCCUUAACACUACUGAUCGAUCCGAAAUCGGGUGUCCAAAAGUGCCCUCACGAAAACCAAGACAGCUCUCAAUGUUGCAGAUCAGGAGGGAAGCGGAAAAAUACACUCAAGAAUUUCGCAAAUGCUGCGUGGAUGGUUUGAAGAUGAGCCCCACUGGCCAGGGAUGUGAAGAACGUCUGAAGCGUGUCACAGGCCCAAAGGAAUGUGUUGAUGCCUUUCUUCAGUGUUGCAAGAAAGCAGAAGAGUACAGGAAAUCCGAAAGCCUUGGUGCCAAGACCGUUUUGAGGCGGAAUGAUUUUAUGGAAUUGGACUUGAUGAAUGAAGAUGAAGUUAAUAUGAGGUCAUACUUUCCUCAAAGCUGGGGAUGGAAUAAAUACAAAAUUCCUGCAAGCGGAAGACAUCCUCAGAUUAGAUUACAAUUACCAGAUACCAUAACUACGUGGAACAUGCAGGCCGUAAGCAUCUCUAAAACUCGAGGAGUGUGUCUGGCGGACCCAUUAUUACUGGUUUCUACCAAAGAUUUCUUCAUCAAACUUCACUUGCCCUACUCGGUGAAACGAGGCGAGCAAACGGAAAUACGGGUCAUUCUGUAUAACUACAUGGAAGAAUCCUUAACGAUUUUGACAGAAAUGGAUAUUGUUGAGUCAAUUUGCAGCACAUCAAAAUCUGGAGCAAAGCCCAGUCAGAAAUCCACAGUGAAGGGAAAGGGUGCUAUGGUGGUGUCAUUUCCCAUUGUGCCAUUGAAGAUCGGAGAGCAUCAUAUAUCUAUUCGAUCCCGUGUGUAUGGCCGCACUUUUGGUGACGGUGUCCAAAAAAUUCUGCGUGUGGCGCCGGAAGGUGUAAGAGAUAUCCGGUCUGAAUCAAGGAGUGUUCACGUUGAAGAGCGAGAGACAUUCUUUAUAAAAAAUGAAAUCAGUCCGGACGUCGUGCCCAACUCGGAUGUUUUAACAUUCAUUAGUGUUAAAGGAGAUGAAUUGGCAGAGACUAUGGUAAACUGCCUCGAUGCAAAGUCUAUAUCAAAUCUGAUUCAGAUUCCAACAGGAUGUGGUGAGCAGAACAUGAUUAAAAUGGCUCCAACUACACUGACACUAAUUUACUUGGACUCAGUACAGGAGUGGGAGAAAAUUGGCCUCCAUCGGAGAGAAGAGGCAAUAGCGUUCCUCAAACAAGGUUAUAGUCGGGAGCUUUCCUACAGGAAGGCUGACCAUUCAUAUGCAGCUUUUAUUAAACGUCCAAGUAGCACCUGGUUGACAGCGUUUGUGGUGAAGGUGUACUCGCUGGCCAAGCGUGUCAUCAUCGUGGAUAACCAGGAGCUGUGCGGGCCAGUGGAAUGGAUCAUUAAAAACCGACAGAACAGCGAUGGCUCCUACCGAGAAGAUGGUCCUGUCAUCCAUCGUGAGAUGCAGGGUGGAGUGGGUGGGACGGAAGGCCACGUGUCUAUGACAGCAUUUAUUCUCAUCGGAAUUCAACAAGCACAAGAAUAUUGUGGAGUCUCUGUUCCGAACUACAAGCAGAGCAUGAACAGAGCGGUACAAUUCCUGGCGAGCAAAGUGUCCGACCUCAAGCGUAUGUACACGAUCGCCAUAACAGCGUACGCUUUGGCUCUUCAAGACCCAGAGUCUGAAGCAGCCCACAGCAGCUGGAAGAAACUGGAAAACAGAACCACUUUUGAAUCAAAGGGCCAUCGGUAUUGGAAGGCGGAGGAAACAAGUCAUGUGCUUCGGAUGUCUGCUAUCUCAGUGGAGGCCACCGCGUAUGGGCUACUGACGUAUCUGCGCAAGAAGGACUAUGAGAGCGCUCGAGAAAUUGUUGACUGGCUUACCGAGCAGCGAAACUACGGGGGCGGCUUCCAAUCCACACAGGACACUAUUUUGGCCUUGCAAGCAAUGGCUCAAUACAAGAUGGAUUCUUCCAGUAAAGAACUGAUUGAUGUGCAGCUGGAAAUAACAUCUCCAAAAAACAAUUUUGAGAAGAAAAUGAAAAUUACUGAAGAAACUCGGUUUGUGCAAGAACCUCAUAAGAUUCCACCUGGAGGAAACAUCACUAUAAAGGCUUCGGGGAGAGGCACGUUUACCCUUUCGAUUAUGAGUGUAUUCAACAAGGUGGCUCCCUCAAGCAAAUCCUGCUCCACAUUUGAUUUGAAAGUCACGAUGACCGAAGCGGAUGACGGAGAGAGCCCACAAGGACGCUUGGGUUGGUUUGAUGGAAAGAGGCGGCGGAGGAGAGAUAUUGGUGACGAAGGAGGCGUUGAAGCAGUGUACCGAAUGAACAUGUGUACCAGAUAUAAGCCACGAAAAGAGGACCUUUCAAGUGAAUCUGGAAUGACAAUUAUAGAAGUGAACAUGUUAACUGGAUUUAUUCCAGAUAAAAAUGACCUCAUCCAGCUGAAGGAAUCCGUAGACAAGUACAUCAGUAAUUAUGAGAUCACAGACUCAGUGCUCAUUAUAUAUUUGGAUAAGGUUCCCAGCACAGAGGAUUAUUGCUUUGCUUUCAAGAUCAAGCAAAUGCUGAGAUCGGAUAUGAUACAACCCGUAACUGCUUCUGUUUAUGACUACUACAGCCCGCAGGACAAAUGCACCAGGUUUUACAACUUACCUGGGGGAUAUGUUGAGCUGUCUCCGCUUUGUCAAAAUGAUCUCUGCCAGUGUGUGGAGGUGAGUUGCCCGGCCAAGAAACCAAAGUUCGAUACGUCAAUCACUGUCCUACACAGACAAGAAGCGGCCUGUGUUGCAGGAAUCGACUAUGCAUAUGUGGGGAUUGUUGAUAACCGCACUGAAGUUGGAAGUUUUGUAUACUACACCGUCAACAUUCAAACUGUAAUAAAAAGUGGCCAAGAUCAGGCUAUUCAACCUAAAGCGACACGCCUAUUCAUCGUGACCCGCUCAUGUGAUGGACGUCUUGGCAUGGAAACACCGCGACAGUACCUCCUGAUGGGACGCAAGGGAGAGACGAAGGACAGGAAUGAUAGGUUUCAGUACGUGUUGGACGCAAGUUCGUGGGUGGAGCAAUGGCCCGUGGAUGAAAAGUGUAACCAACCAAACGUGCAGACAUUUUGCGCCAUCAAACGCGAAUAUGAGUUUAGCAUGCAGAUCCAAGGCUGUUCUUCUUAAAGGGGGGGGGGGCAGCCAUUGACUGCAACAACGCAUUUUACCGUGUGCAUUUAGCUGUCUUCACAAAGUAGAAAACACAAUAUAACUUAGCACACAGGUUUUUUUAUCCAAUAUUAUAUGAUUCAUAAUUGAUUUUGGUUUAGGCCUUGUAAUGAUCUUUCAAUGUGUGUCUUUAAGGCACUCCACCACCUGACAGUCAAACAGAUCAAAUAAUCACAUAUACAUGCGUUUAUUGCUCCAAUUAUUAUCGUUAUUAUCACCAGGAAGAUAAAUAAUUAUUCCCACAACCUCAAUUUUCCCGUAAUGUUACUUAUUAUAUAUAUGUUUUCCCUUUGAAGGCCAUAGUGUGAUUGACAAAUAUGUUAUUUUGCUAUUUUUCAUGUACACCACUGCCAAAGGAGCAGCAUGACCAAAUAAGUUGUUAUUUUACUGGUAGGAACGAAGUGAACCAGCCUACAAUAGAUUAUAUCGUCCGUCCGUGUAGCAACAUCGCCCCCUACUGCAAACACUUGGCAGGACCCUACAAAAACCUUUAGAUGCUUUCCUGGCUAAACAAGUGUAACAUUCCCUUAUAAUUCCCUGAGAUAGCUUUUAAUUUAAACAUUUAAAUUAAAAUUUAACUCACAGCAGCCUAAAGCCUACAGCUAGGCCUAAAGCCUAGAACUAGGCCUCAAACUCUCCCUUCGUAUCGUCCGAUUAGGUGUAGCAACAUCUCCCCCUACUGCAAACACUUGGCAGGACCCUACAAAAACCUUUACACUCGGUGAGGCUUUCCUGGCUAAAUAAGUGUAAUAAUACAUUAUGUUUAUAUUCUUUGGUUAUUCGUUCCUACCAGCCCACCCCACAGGGACCUGUUAUUAAAUCACUUAGAGAUGUACCAAUACACAGAAUCUACAAGCAUGCAUUGUGGUACCUAGAUUAGUCCUUGCCAAUAGUGUCCUGCGAAUAUUUGAAAAAUGUAGUCUUCUGCAAUAAUUCUAACCCUUGCUGACUUUAAGCACACACUGCAUUUUACGUGUAAACAGGUAAUGUUCAAUAUAUUGACAAUAAUUACGAGUUUGAAAUUAAUUUUAUCCUCCGCAUAUAUUUGCCAUCACCUGUAAGGUCUCACCUAAACUAGUAUAGUCAUACAAUCGUUAGUAUUCUAUUAAAAUUCUGACUUUACUGUUUUGAUUAAAAAAUAUAUUGCCAUAUA